UCGGUGACCUUUUGUGAACAAUAUCUGACAUUUUGACCUAAAUAGUGGAAAUGAAAGGCAAAAAGCAGUGAAUAAUAUUGACCUGCCAACCUCAACGGGUAGACUUGCUCUUAGAGCUGAAGUGUACAACUCGUGACCGUUAGAUUUCGGAUUGACGGCUAAGAUUAAAAGUCAAGAAUAAAUAAGGCUGGAAAGAGCCAAGGAGAGGAUCCGGAUCCACCCUUGAUAAUGCAAGAAAGGCUCCCGGGAAGUGUUUUACCAUAUGACCAACCUUAGUGAUAACAUAUAUUUUCGUAUCAAAAAAAAAAAAAAAACCUUAGUGAUAACAUAUUCUGAAAAUCUCUAUAACCACCCGAUUUUAAUUCUCUCAAAUGUAAGAAAUUGUGUUAGAUUAGGCUAGAUGAUGAGUUUGAUUCUCUCCCGUAUAACAAACAAUUUUGUAUAUAUCAAGGGUAUUUAGGUCAAUUUUGUAUAUAACAAACCCUGUAGUUCUCUUAUAAAUUAAUGGUCAACGCACAGCAGCGGAGCCAACCCAAUUCUAAAAACUCUUGUUUGUUUUUUGUUUCCGUUGUGAUUUUCUUUUCGUAAGUUGUUAAAUUUUCGAAUGCGUUCUUUUUAGUGCUAAACUACUAAUUACUACAAAACUAGCUUCGCUUUUCUUCCACAUCCUAAUUGCACGGUAGCUGUUUGAUCAAAUUCCCAAAAGAAAAUGCAGUACGAAUAUCUGUGCUGUGCAAAGCAAAACUGAUUCUGUAAAACUCUAUCUUAUUGAAUGAAUUUUGAAAUGACAAUUACAAUCACAACAAUGAACUAAAGCUUAAGUGCCUAUAUGAAGCUAGACUUAGAGGGUAACCAAUCCUUGCUUAGUGUUUAUUACAGGGUACAUUACUUAGCUGGCUUAAUUGUCUUUGUAGCUCUGUUUUGUUUUUGUUUUUGUUUUUGUUUGGUAACCCUUUCUUAGCUUGUGUUGCUGCUGUUCUUCAGUGAUUACUUCUUUCUUGUUACACGAAACAUGAUAAUUGUAAACCUGUGCCUUAAUUCUUGAAUAAUUUUGUUUACACAUAACGUAGCUACAUUAUUGUUGGUUAUUAUUACAUCUAUAAGAUUUGUAAUUAAUUUGACUGAUAAUCAAUGGCUCACACUGCUCUGUGAGUUGUGACAAUCCACUCCAACUGUUUGUAUAAUGGAAUCACAAGCUUUAUUCUUCCGAAAAGGCCAUCAUCUGAGUUCAACUUAUAACUAAUGUUUCAGUCCCCUCUGGGAAGUGCAAAAGUUAGGUACCCUUUUUCAGUUACCUGACCUACAUUAAGUAUUUACGUACUAUUAUUCAUGAAUAUUUUAUCUGGGAUGAAGUGCAGACUUUUGAAAUCUCAGAAUUUGCCGGGAAAACUCCCGCCAGAGUUGAUCAGGCUCCCCUAUCUCCAAGAAAUUGACCUCACCCGCAACUACCUGAAUGGCACCAUCCCUCCAGAAUGGGGCUCCCUGCCACUAGUUAUAAUUGGUCUUGGUGCAAACCGUUUGACAGGUUCUAUCCCUGUUGAGCUAGGAAACAUCACCACGCUCGAAAAUUUGAGCAUCGAUUUCAAUAGUUUCUCUGGAGUUCUUCCUGCGGAGCUUGGAAAUUUGUCUAGCAUAAAAAAAAUGUCUCUUACCUCGAACAAUUUUACCGGGGAGUUGCCAGAGACAUUUGCAAAGCUUACCACCUUAACUGACUUUCGGAUUAGUGACAGUUCCUUUUCUGGGAAGAUACCUGAUUUUAUUCAGAGCUGGACAAAUCUUGAGGGACUAGUGAUUCAGGCUAGUGGUUUUACAGGGCCAAUUCCUUCCGGCAUUUCUCUCUUGACAAGAUUAACUGACCUGAGAAUUACUGACUUGAAUGGAUCUGAAUCAUCCUUUCCUGUACUUGAUAAUAUGAAAAGCCUGGAGACAUUGGUGUUGCGGAACUGCAAUAUUAGUGGGCAGCUACCUGAAUAUCUUGGGAACAUGUCGACUUUAAAAAUUUUAGACCUUAGUUUUAACAAGCUAACUGGAGAUAUCCCAAACAACUUUUCUGGUCUAGGAAAUCUGGAUAAUAUGUUCUUAACUGGAAACAUGCUGAGCGGAACUGUGCCAGCUGAUUGGAUGAAAGCCGAUAGCAUUGAUCUUUCAUAUAACAAAUUCACCAUGAAAUCAAAUGAUGAGAAGUGUGAACCACGAGAUGGCUUGAACUUGUUUGCAAGCUCUUCAGGUGGCAAUACUUCAUCUGUUUCAUGUUUACCACUUGCAAAAUGUAUAAAAACUUGGUACACUCUUCAUAUAAAUUGCGGCGGAAAAGAAGUACUCCUCUAUGAAAAUUUCACAAGACCCACUAACGCAACAUAUGAGGAAGAUACUGAUGUAGCUGGGCCUUCAUCAGUUUACGAGAGCAGGAUAAAUUGGGCAUCAAGCACCACUGGCUACUUCGCUGAUGAUGAUCGUCCUGCGCACUAUAUCUGGACUAAUUCAUCUGAACUCACUAUGGCCAAUCCUGAGUUGUACAUGAAUGCACGCCUUUCUCCUAUUUCUCUAACUUACUAUGGGUAUUGUCUCGCAAAUGGAAGCUACACGGUAAACCUCCACUUUGCAGAGAUAAUAUUUACAAAUGACACAACAUAUAGUAGCCUGGGAAGACGUGUAUUUGAUAUAUACAUUCAGGGUUCACUAGCGUUCAAGGAUUUCAAUAUUGCAGAUGCAGCAGGUGGCUUUGGUAAGGCAGUCACACAAAAAUUCACUGCUAACGUAACUGAUAGUACUUUGGAGAUCCGUUUAUUCUGGGCUGGGAAAGGGACAACGGGGGUCCCUUACAAAGGAGACUAUGGUCCUCUUAUAUCAGCUAUCUCUAUAGAUUCUGACUUUCCACCCCCUCAAGAAACCUCUGGGAGCAGUGGUAUAUCUGCAGGUGCAGUGGUUGGAAUCGUGGCCGGAGGAGUCUUCAUUAUAUUACUGGUUUUAGGUAUUCUCUGGUGGAAAGGCUUCAUAGGACCAGCAAAUACUUUAGAACAAGAUUUGAAGGGUGUGGACCUGCAAACCAGCAGAUUUACCUUGAGGCAAAUCAAAACUGCCACAAACAACUUUGACAUAUCGAAUAAGAUUGGAGAAGGUGGUUUUGGUCCUGUUUACAAGGGCCUUCUAUCAGAUGACACCGCAAUUGCUGUUAAGAAGCUUUCUGCCAAAUCAAAGCAAGGGAAUCGUGAAUUUGUGAAUGAGAUUGGCAUGAUUUCUGCUCUGCAACACCCUUACCUUGUCAAGCUUUAUGGAUGUUGUAUUGAAGGAAAUGACUUGUUGCUUGUCUAUGAGUACUUGGAAAAUAAUAGUGUUGCUCGUGCUCUGUUUGGCCCAAAAGCAAGUCAGGUGAAGAUGGAUUGGCCAACAAGGCACAGGAUCUGUGUUGGUAUAGCAAAAGGUUUGGCUUACCUCCAUGAGGAAUCAAGGUUGAAGAUCGUUCAUAGAGACAUUAAAGCUACUAAUGUGCUACUCGAUAAAAAUCUUUGUCCAAAGAUUGCUGAUUUUGGAUUGGCCAAGCUUGAUGAAGAGGAUAAUACCCACAUAUGCACCCGGAUUGCUGGAACUCUUGGAUAUAUGGCACCUGAAUAUGCAAUGCGAGGUUAUCUGACUGAUAAAGCAGAUGUUUAUAGUUUCGGAAUUGUUGUGUUGGAAUUAGUCAGUGGGAGGAGCAACACGACUUACCGCUCCGAAGAAGAAUGUUUUUAUCUUCUUGAUUGGGCACUUAUUCUAAAGGAGAGAGGGAGUUUGUUGGACCUAGUGGAUCCAAGGCUAGGCUCAGAGUUUAACAAAGAACAGAUGAUUACUACAAUCAAUGUGGCUCUCCUUUGCUCUCAUGUGUCUUCAGCAGUUAGGCCUUCCAUGUCUUCAGUGGUGAAAAUGCUUGAAGGCAGGGCUUCGGUUCAGGAGGUGAUCUCUGAUCCAAAUGCCUCAAACAAUGAAAUCAAUGCAAUGAGGAAACAUUUUCAAUCCAGUUUCGAAGAAAACAAUGGUGACCUUGAGAGUCAAAGACAAACUAUGUCAAUUGAACCAUCGUGGACUGCUUCAUCCACAUCUGCUCAUGAUCUCUAUUCCGUCCAUCCUGAUUCCAGUUAUUGGGAGAACAGAAAAUAGAUAAUUCAUCAAUAUAUAUGUUCAUACCUCUUUUCUACUUCUAUAAUUUUUUUAUCAAUAUAGUUGGAAUUCGAUUAAUAACAAAAGUGACUUACAGUGUAAAGUUUGAAAUCAAUUGUUUACAUGACCUUGUCGAUCCAAUUUUCUUUUCAAUAGCUAUAAUACCUAAAUCGGAU